UUGUUUGAUAAUGAUCAGGGAGCUUCUGCCCCGUGGAAAUUUGCUGCUAUCAUUAAGAAGCCCAAUGGGUAGCACCAGAGGUCUUUGAUAAUUGGUAGCCAAAAUUUGAGGAAAUUUUCUGUUCAUGCUAAGUGAACAUGAUGACCAUGAUGACCAUGAUCUCUUGCUCUCAGGCUAUAAAUUGAGAAGCAAACGAACCCAUUUUCAUCCAACAUUCCAUCUCUCUCUCUCUCUAUCACAGUACCUAAAGUUCAAGAGUAUUCUGAGAGGGAAAAUGAAGGCAUCACAGAUAGCAGUGACCAUAUUGGUGAUGUUUAUGAUGGCGGAGGUCUCAGUGGCAGUGACAUGCAGUCCACUGCAACUGAGCUCCUGUGUGAGUGCAAUCACAUCUUCAGUUCCGCCAUCUAAGCUCUGCUGCUCAAAGAUUAAGGAACAGAAGCCCUGCCUCUGCAAGUACAUGCAGAACCCCACCUUAAGGAAGUUUGUGGCCUCUCCCAAUGCCAGGAAAGUUGCUAACACUUGUGGAACUCCAUUUCCCAAGUGCUAGGAAUUGGUCCCCUCCCCUCCCUCCCUCCCUCCCUCCCUCAAGGGACAUCUCUCUCUCAUUUUUACACUCUUCUAAGUCCCCUGUUAUGUGCUUGAUUGAUUACUAGCUAAAACAUAAUCUGUGUGUGUGGUGUGUUUGACUUCAGUGUGUAUCUGUCCAGUGUUUGUAGUAAGAUCAGAGAGGGUUUAUAGCUAUUGAAGAAACGGGGAGUGUUUGCUCAUAUGACUUCCCCCAUCUUAUGUGUACAAGCUUCUGAUGAUUGUUUGUAAUAGAAAUCAGAUUUGGACCAAA